UCAUGGGUGACAUUAAGGCAGUAUUAAAUGGCUGUGAGGACUACUGGACCUUGCAGGACAGAGCCGCUAUGCCGCUACUCUUUAAGAUGACGGUGUGUGUCGACAUCCGUGUGGUCGUCCCCGGAGCCUGGGUGGCCUUCUCCUACAGUUCAAUCUACACACCCAGACCCGAGCUGGGUCUGGAGGGAGAUGAUGAGGCGUUGUAUGGGUGGCUGCUAAGGGUCCGACACCGAUUUCCAAUCCGGCUUUCCUCAACACAAUGGCAUAGAGUGUGUCUGAGGAGGGACGUACUGCGCAACUCCUUUAGCCUGGAGGUUGAUGGGAAAAUGGUGGCAGAGAGGACGGUCAUCGCUCAGGCCAUUCCCCCCUCCGGCUCCCUCUGGCUGGGCUGCCGUCCAAGGGACCAACCCCCGGGAGCCAUGCAAGGAGAAAUUGAGCUGUACCUGUUCCGCAUGUGGCCGGACCUUGGUGACCAUGGCCUCUGCGAGGACGGCACUGUGAUUGGCUGGAACUCCCAGUACUGGGGUGUGACCAGUGCCAAGGCCACACAGAGAGACCCCAGACUUCUGUGUGACCGCAGACGCUUGAGACGUGGGCCACGGGCUUUCCAAAGCGUUAACAGUGGUGUGUAUUCAGACACAACUCCGGUUGCACGGUUAUUCUCACCUUCAUUUGAAGUGCCUUCAACUACAACUACCUCAAGUCCUCUCAUAGCAACACCUGUCACUCAAAGGAGCAACCAGACGUCUAAGGUCACCGGGUCCCCAUUAUUAAAUUGUAACAUCAGCCAACUCUGUUCCAGUAAAAGUGCUUACUUUUGGAUGUCCAUAAGUGUGAAUGCCAAAAAUGGCAAUAAGACCGAAAAAGAUGUCCACAACUUGGUGUCAAAAGCGUUUGGUUGCAAAGGAGAUGCAGCAAAAAAGGGAACAGGCCUUAUAGAUUUCUGUCAGAGUGACAGACAACUUCAGAGUUUACAGGUGAACUGUAGUGCUAAAAGGAACAUAAGCGAAACGACCUGUGAUGUGUUGUUGCAACUCAGCUACGCUGUCUCGGCGUGUGAACUGCAGCAUGCUGGAGUCUCUGCACUGCAGCAAGCUGGAGACCAGCAAAUACAAGCAACAAUCAUAGGAGAGGUGGAGAGAGUCGGUCUAGAAAUCAUCUGCUCACAAAGAUAA